UACAGGACGCUGGUCCAAAGGAGACGCUUGUUUCCUGCAGAGCCCCCGGGUGGAGGACCCACCCGCCGCGCAGUGGCCCAGCACCUCUCGGUCAUUUAGCCUCUGCGACCCUGGAACGCGCGCCCCAGCUCCAGACGCCAGAUCUCAGACAACUAACUAAUCCUCAGCGAGGCGCUAACGCGCCCGGCGGUGGCGGUGCGCAGCCCGAGCGUCGGCUCCGGAACGGAACUGUCCUACGGAACCCGGGGUGCGCGCUCAGAGUUUCCGCGGGGAGGAAGACGACAGAGGACUUGAGCGCGGCGGUUCCUGUGGCCGCGACGGAGGCGAUGGCAGUGGGGCUGUCGGGGCUGCGGCUCCUGCGGGCCGCCCCCAGUGGCGGGGCUGGCCGGAGAUUUAUAGCAACAUCAACAGCUUCUCAACUGUCGCCAACCGAACUGAUAGAAAUGCAGAAUGAUCUCUUUAAUAAAGAGAAAAACAGGCAGUUGUCACUAACUCCCCGAACUGAGAAGAUUGAAGUUAAACACGUUGGGAAAACUGACCCUGGCACUAUGUUUGUGAUGAAUAAAAACAUUUCAACUCCUUAUAGUUGUGCCAUGCAUUUAGGUGAGUGGUACUGCAAGAAGUCCAUUCUGGCUCUUGUGGAUGGACAGCCGUGGGACAUGUAUAAGCCUUUGACCAAGUCCUGUGAUAUUAAAUUUCUUACUUUCAAAGAUCGCGAUCCAGGAGAAGUUAAUAAGGCUUAUUGGCGUUCUUGUGCCAUGAUGAUGGGCUGUGUGAUAGAGAGGGCAUUCAAAGAUGAGUAUGUGGUCAGUUUGGUCAGAGCUCCAGAAGUUCCUGUAAUUGCAGGAGCCUUCUGCUAUGAUGUAGUUUUGGAUAAGAGACUUGAUGAGUGGAUGCCAUCAAAAGAGAACCUACGUUCCUUCACAAAGGAUGCUCGUGCUUUAAUUUAUAAAGAUCUUCCAUUUGAAACUCUGGAAGUUGAUGCAAAAGUGGCAUUAGAAAUAUUUCAACACAACAAGUAUAAAAUAGAUUACAUAGAAGAGAAGGCAUCUCAGAACUCUGAGAGAAUAGUUAAGCUACACAGAUUUGGUGACUUCAUUGAUGUGAGUGAGGGCCCUCUUAUUCCAAGAACAAGUAUUUGUUUCCAGUACGAAGUGUCAGCAGUUCACAACCUUCAAGCCGCUCAGUCGAAUCUUGUACGAAGAUUCCAGGGUCUCUCUUUACCUGUUCACUUAAGAGCACAUUUUACAGUAUGGGAUAAGCUAUUGGAAAGAUCUCGGAAAAUGGGUCAAAAGAUGAAGGUGACUGCAAACAUGAUGCCCCAAGGACCUGGCCCUCCGAAAAUUCUACAUCUGUCUUACUGCUUCAUUUCCCUUCUGCUUAGUCUGAGUUCCUUACCAUUAGAACCAAGGUGGCAGACAGCAAACUCCUGGAGACUCCUGGUGUGACCCUACCUCUCUGCCCUGCUUCCUCCCAAGGUGGUUAGUUCUCGCUCCAUCCUCUUGUGGAGCGCUCAUCACACUGCACUGGAGCGUUUGGCCCUGGAGUGUUUCAGUAAGAUUUUAACUAAUAUUCAUAUUCCUGGAGAAUUAGUGUAAGUAGAAGCUUAUAAAUGUGGAACUAUAUCGAUGAGGUUUGUCAGUAUUCCAGAAUAAUAAUGGACUAUUUACUUUUAGAGGAUUCCUGGUGUGGAUCUCAGUCCAUUAUCCCAUAAUGAUUAUAUUAUGGGAUAAAUGUGGAAAAUACUACCAGAAAUAGUCAUCUGAAGUUGUGGGUGAAGAUUAGCUUCCAUUCCUGUUUUUAAAGCCACACUUGGAUGCCAUAAUCAUGUGUUUUCAUCGUGUGAGAGCAUGUUCUUAUUCUCAGGAGAUAAGUGCUAAAGCAUUUGGAGGUAAGAUGCCAGCUCUGCAUAUGGACAUAGAGAGAGAGAUAGAUGGGUAGAGACAGAGAGAAAUAAAGCAAAUGUGGUAAAUGUUAUCAAUUACUGAAUCUAAGGGAAAGGUCUAGUGGUGUUAUUCUGUUUUCAGCCUGCUUGGGUUCCAUCCCUGACCCCAGAAAUGCUACUAGCUGUGUGAUAUCUGGCUAGUAGCAUUAAUUAACCUCUUUAAGUCUUGGUUGCUUCUCUAAAAAUGGACAUAAUGAUAGAACCUACCCACAAGGUCAUUGUGAACAUGAAGUGAUACAAUGAAUAUAAGGUAUUUAGUCAGGUGCUGAGCUCAUAAUCAGGAUUUAAUGGAUGUCAGCCAUGGUACUGACAUUAGUCAUGAAUACUUGCGAGUACCUAUAUCUAUCUGUACACCUAUCACAUGUUGCAUUUAUUGUUUUAAAAGUGCAAGUCAAGAUACAUUUACUACUACUCUACAGCUGAAUCAUUAUAUAAGUUAUAGGUUAUCAAAAAGCCAAAUCAAAAUAAUUCUUUGCUCUCUUAAUCUCUUAAGUCAUAAGUAACUGCUGAAAGGUACGACAAAAUGUUUCCUUGGAAAUAAUUUUCUAAAGUGUUUUAUUAGUUUUUCUUUGGGUUAAGAAGAAAAAUGCAUUCUGAAAUGGCGAAAAACUCUUUAAAACUAAACGAUUUUUUACCUUGUCAAGAAGUUUUAGAGACCACUUUGGACUUACUUUACUUUCUCAGACUGCUUUUGUAUCCCAUAUUCCAAACUGGUUUCUUGAAAUAUACAAGAUCAUAAAUGUAUACUAAUAAUUGCAAAUGCUUAUACAGGGCACACUCUGGGCCAGUUAUUAGUUUGACUGCAUGAUGUACACGGACUCAUUUAUUCCUCAUAAGAGUCUUAGGAAUGAGUACUAUCAUCUUCUACAUUUAUGUCUGGGGGCCCUGAGGCACAGGUGAACGGCCAGGUUAAACAGUGGGAUGGAGGAGCACUGCUAAGACACAAACUCAAGUACUAUGCUGGCCUGAUGGUGGACGAGCGACAUAAAAGAGCAUGGCAUUUUGUUAAGACAGCCAGGAACCUAUACUGUGUAUAGAACAUUCUCAUUUAUGGAGAAAUGGCACAAACAUCAUUGCAUGUCAUUUCACCUUAUUUAGAUAUAGCAUCACAAUUUCAUUAAAUCAGCUGUUUGAUAUUCUU